AUGAGCAGGCCACCCCCACAGGGAUGCGGGGUGUGGGGUGGGCCGAGGAGGGAACCUGGGGAGUCCCAGGGCGGGGCACGCAGGGAACCGCGGCUGCUGAGGGGCCAGGAGGGGAGGGAGAGGAGCCAGGUCCGUUUCCGAGCCCGGCCGCCCGAGUGUGGGCUCCCGCAGGGGGACGAGGUGCGUGGUGAGCACUGUCCUGUCACAGGCAGCGGCCGGACCCACUGGAUGCCAGAAGCCCCCCCAGUCGUGCAGACACUUCUCCAGAUGUCGCCCGGCGUCCGCAGGGGCCAGAGUUGCCCGGCCGGGAGCCCCUGCCUGAGAGGAGUCUCGGCUUCUAUCCCGUCUGUAAAGGACGCUAACAGUGUCUUUUCCACACCUGGUCUGAAAAUUGCACUGGCAACGGCAGGGCAGAGCCCACCACGAGGGUCGACGGGCAGUGCCACCACACGGAAGCAGCAAGUCCAGGGAGCCCCCCGAGUUUCUGGUGUGUGUGCCAGAGCCCACGGCCGCUCGGAGUGGGUGGCGAGCCCACGGCCCCCUCAGCCCACGGCCCCUCAGCCCACGGCCCCCUCAGCCCACGGUCCCCUCAGCCCACGGGCCCCUCAGCCCACGGCCCCCUCAGCCCACGGCCCCUCAGCCCACGGCCCCCUCAGCCCACUGUCCCCUCAGCCCACGGCCCCUCAGCCCACGGCCCCUCAGCCCACUGUCCCCUCAGCCCACUGCCCCUCAGCCCACGGCCCCCUCAGCCCACUGUCCCCUCAGCCCACGGCCCCUCAGCCCACGGCCCCUCAGCCCACUGUCCCCUCAGCCCACUGCCCCUCAGCCCACGGCCCCCUCAGCCCACGGCCCCUCAGCCCACUGUCCCCUCAGCCCACGGCCCCUCAGCCCACGGCCCCCUCAGCCCACUGUCCCCUCAGCCCACGGCCCCUCAGCCCACGGCCCCUCAGCCCACUGUCCCCUCAGCCCACUGCCCCUCAGCCCACGGCCCCCUCAGCCCACGGCCCCCUCAGCCCACGGCCCCUCAGCCCACUAGCCCCUCAGCCCACGGCCCCCUCAGCCCACUGCCCUUCAGCCCACGGCCCCUCAGCCCACUGCCCCUCGGCCCACGACCCCUCAGCCCACCCAGGAAAGCAGAGGCAGGAAGCCCUGCCCGGGGCCGUGAGCAGCUCCAAUGCCUCGGCACCAGGGGUGAAGGUGAAACUGGCGUGGAAGUGA